GCUAGCCACAGGCGCUUUUCUCACCCAGUGUCAAACCUCAUCUUUUUCCCCUUUCCCUUCUCUUUCUCUCCUUCUCUUCCUUAUGUCGUCUCUCUCACUCUCUCGCGUCCUCUCCGCCCGUGCCCUGAUUGUCAGUAGUAGCCUGCUGUGCUUCUCUCCUUCUUCUCCUGUCCCAGCCAAUACGGCGUCAACCUUCCCUCCCUGAUGUCGAUUGCUUGGUCACACCGCGAUCCUCACUUCCUCCAACUCCCUCCUCCUUCCUUCAGCUCCCCAGGGCUAUAUAGUCCCUCGCCAGCCGUUGACGCUCCUUCCUAGGCUGCCCGGAUUGGCCGUCUGCCUUCUGCGUCGUUCUUAAUCGCCCGUAGAUCGCUCGCCCUGGCUACCUACCUAGGCCCUUCUCGACUAAAUACCAUCCAACUUUGUACCCGUUCCCUCGACUGCUCCGGCGCCUUUCUCCAUAAUGGCUGGCGUCAUGAACCCUGUGCUUCCAUCAUGGAAGGAUAAUUCGCAGAAUUAUUUCGGCAAAGUUCAGAUUGUAAUACCAUGGCGGUCCAUACAAAUGCUUCUCCCCCACCGCGUGCGCCGAAAACUUCGGUCAAAGCUACGAAGUCGCGUGUCUCCGUCCUCAUCGAUAACCUCCCUUAAUAGCUCCUUCUCGCCCCUCGACACGCUGAAGACUCUACAGGCUCAUCGGUGGAGCGUAUAUGAUGGACAAUAUCUCGUACUCCUCUUUGUUGGCAUCUUUUCUCUCUGCAUCAUUGAAUCGCCUGGACCCUUCGCCAAGACCCUGGUCGCCUUUGGGUUGAUAAUGUCUUUACUUUUCCCGAUCAGCUGCCAAUUCUUCCUACCAUUUCUCCCUAUUAUUGCUUGGCUAAUCUAUUUCUAUGCCUGCCAAUUUAUUCCAAGCGACUGGCGGCCGCCAAUAUGGGUGCGUGUGCUUCCAGCACUCGAAAAUAUCUUCUAUGGUGCCAAUCUCAGCAAUAUUCUUUCUGCCCGUCAGAAUACUUUCCUAGACAUAUUGGCAUGGGUUCCAUACGGCAUUAUGCACUACGCGGCUCCCGCUAUAUGCUCCAUUAUAAUAUUUAUCUUCGGACCCCCUGGAAUGACCCCAAUUUUCGCCCGCACAUUUGGAUUCAUGUGCAUUUCUGCCGUCACCAUACAAUUUUUAUUCCCGUGCUCACCUCCAUGGUACGAGAACCUAUAUGGACUAGCUCCUGCACAUUACGGAAUACCAGGGUCACCUGGUGGAUUGGCCCGGAUUGAUGAACUUUUCGGUAUCGAUAUAUAUACAUCUGGUUUUACGGCAUCGCCUGUGCCGUUUGGUGCCUUCCCUUCUCUGCAUGCCGGGAACGCGACCCUCGAGUCUCUAUUUUUGAGCCUUAUAUUUCCCAAGCUUCGACCCGCCUUUAUCAUGUAUACCGCCUGGCUGUGGUGGUCCACGAUGUAUCUUUCGCAUCAUUACGCAGUGGAUCUCAUUGGUGGCGGUUUCCUAGCUGCCGUUUCGUUUUACUUUGCCAAGUCCAAAUUCAUACCACGAGUCCAGCCUGAUAAGAUGUUCCGGUGGGACUAUGAUUAUGUGGAGGUUGGAGAAUCGCCAGUCGACCAUGGUUAUGACUUGGCGAACUUCCAUGGCGAUUUACACAUCGAUUCCGAUGAAUGGACCGUAGGAUCGUCUUCCUCCAUAUCUUCCGGAUCUCUUAGCCCUGUGGAUGAAGCUCAAUCCCUCUGGGAUGGCGAGACCUUGGGUGCCAACUCAGACCUCGAAGCAGGUCGCUAAUAUUUAAAAUCACAUUCCGAUGAUCCUCUUCCUCGAAAAAAACCCACCAAUACUUGGCAACGCCCCCCUGUCGAGAACACAACAGCAUUUUGAAGUAAUAGCGGAUUUAUAUUAAUGACUCACGGCAUAUUCUGGAGCCCUCCUGUUAUUUCUGCUUUGAGCGACUUACUUUUCGAAAGACAUACUUAACUUUAAUGAUUUUGGAUACCUCUUUUCCUUCUUAUCUUCGCUUCUCAACAGCACCUCCAUGGAUUUUUACCAUCAGUCCUACUAUGAUCACCCCUCGGAUAAUUAGUUGCCCUUGUUUACCGGUCACAUGCUCAGCCAGCUGAACCAAUAGAUCGUCGGACCUAUAACGGAGAAUUUUUCGUUUCCCAAUAAAUAUGCCCCUGGUCCUUUUUGGUCAUAGCAUUUUUAGGGUCCUCGCUUUUCGGGUAUCAUUAUCUAGCACCCAGGCACGAUUCUCCUCUCACGCGCACGAUCUGCGGUUCACCUUCCACCAUGUCCCCUGAAGGAAAUCGGAUCCUUCAAACAGACUGUGGUAUAACUCGGAAGACCGUCACGUUGGAUUUGGCGGAGGCUGUUUUUUUUUUUCUCUCCGUGAUUGUCAUUUUCCUGCAAGGGCGCUUUGAAAUUGUCCGACUAGGACAUCCACGGAAGUAAAAAUAAUCGUUAUGGCGCGAACCAUUUUUUUUUUUUUUCAACCUUGCAUUACGUUCGUUACGCUCAUGGAUGGGUGUUGGACUUGUGUGUACUGUACAAACUAGAGUCGGUAUGGCGGCGGGGGAUGCGGAUAUGCGGACAAAGAAGAGAGGGCUUAUUAUAGCUCAUUGAAAUUUUUCCGCAAUUUAUUUUUUUAUUUCCCCUUAAUCCCUAGUUAUUUUUCCUUCCAUUCGUUUUUCUUCUUUUCGAUCGUUUGCAUCAACCAUGAGCAUAUAGAGAUUGUUUUAAACCUGUUAAAGUUUUUCUGCCUUUUUUUUUUUUUUUUUUUCUAGUUGAGGUGGCACUUGAUUUUGCAUUUGACGGGGUUCCGCCUUCACCUCAUGGGAUAUACAUUCGUUUGUUGUUUGCUUAUUAUGCGAGCUAGCACCGCCCUACUCCCAUUUCCCAUUCCAUGCAAGGCUAUUAUUGUUUUCGGCAAAUUCCCCGUACCAGCCGAGCAAGAUACUCUUGUACAUGCCCUUAUCUUUUCUCCUCCACUGUGGUUGUGAUGACGAGCAGGUUGGCAAUGGGCGAUAAAUGUGCAAUGGGCAGUGAGCGGGCAGUUGAGCGGGUGUUUGUUAUUUUUGCGGGUGCCUCCUAUUCUUCACGUUUGUCAUGUUUCGCGUGGAGCAAAACACUCGGAUCAAGCAAGAUGUAAUUUCUUUUUCUCCUUUUUGCUGCAAUGAAGAGCAAGCUAGGCCGGAAGGGCUUUAUAUGAAUAUGACGGGGUGUGUGGCGCUUUGAGGGAGACGGCCACACCACACCACACAAAAGCUAGCAGAAAUCAGGAGAAAGGGGAGUUUUUUUUUUUUUUUUUUUCUUUUUAAGGUGCGACUACGCAGCGUAUGUGCUGAUGACGAUGAUGAACAAAUUUUUCUUCUUUGCUUGUUUUAUUUUCCGUGGUUUUCUUUUUUCUCUCCGUUUCCUCGUCGCUGCUGUUGGUCGGGUCGGGGAUUCUUAUUUCCACACGGAUAUUGACAUAUCAUAUAAUUUAACCAAUUAAUAAUGACGUCCAUUAUUUCUUCUCCUAACCACCACCAACCAUCCCUUCCUUCUCUUCCAUCGUGUCGUAAGAGGGGGGUUGGAUGCCUUCGAAAAUCUGUACCGCGAGCAGAUUUGGUCAGGACCGUCUGCCAGCAUAUUCUGAGGUUGCUUUGCUUCCGCUUUUGCUCAAAGUGACGCCCCGCUAUUCGUAUGGAUGGAUAUCUUAUAUUUGGCCAAAUCAUACCCUAUCCAUACAUAGUACGAGCGGACGUCUACCGCUGCGGAGAGACAAGUGGGGGCUUAUUCAACAAUGUCUGGCAUUCAAAUUUAGAUGGAUGAACAAUGCGGGCCAUGAUACUACUACUACUACUACUACUACUACCAUCCUCUUCUCGCGUUGAAAAGCAAUGCAUCCUCAGUGUUGGAAAGGGGCUCAGGAUGCAGUACAUCCAACAUUCUGUCAGAUCAUUAACAUUGACACACAAUUGAGAAGUGCCUCCAUUUCAACGUAACAACAUGUUGAUAUUCUGCUGAUCUAGUCUGUUAUAGUAUUACUGAUGUGAAGUGAGCUCAGUGAAGAUCUAUCUAUACAACACUAUAAUAUUAACAUAUUCUUCUUACUUUUACUG